AUGCACUGUGGGUUACUGGAGGAACCCGAUAUGGACUCCACAGAGAGUUGGAUUGAACGAUGUCUCAACGAAAGUGAAAACAAACGUUAUUCCAGUCACACCUCUCUGGGGAAUGUUUCUAAUGAUGAAAAUGAGGAAAAAGAAAAUAAUAGAGCAUCAAAACCACACUCAACUCCAGCCACUCUGCAAUGGCUGGAGGAGAACUAUGAGAUUGCAGAAGGUGUUUGCAUUCCUCGAAGCGCUCUGUACAUGCAUUACUUGGACUUCUGUGAGAAGAACGACACUCAACCUGUUAAUGCUGCCAGCUUUGGGAAGAUAAUAAGGCAGCAGUUUCCACAGCUAACAACAAGAAGACUUGGAACCAGAGGCCAAUCAAAGUACCAUUAUUAUGGAAUUGCAGUGAAAGAAAACUCUCAGUAUUACGAUGUGAUGUAUUCAAAAAAAGGAGCAGCGUGGGUCAAYGAAACAGGAAAAAAAGAAGUAACCAAACAGACAGUGGCAUAUUCACCACGCUCCAAACUUGGAACGUUACUGCCAGAGUUUCCAAAUGUCAAAGAUCUAAAUCUGCCAGCCAGCCUGCCAGAGGAGAAGGUUUCUACCUUUAUUAUGAUGUAUAGAACGCACUGUCAGAGGAUAUUAGACACUGUGAUAAGAGCAAACUUUGAUGAGGUUCAAAGUUUUCUUCUGCACUUUUGGCAAGGGAUGCCCCCUCAUAUGCUGCCUGUACUGGGUUCUUCAACCGUAGUGAACAUAGUGGGAGUUUGUGAUUCAAUACUGUACAAAGCGAUUUCUGGAGUUUUGAUGCCAACGGUACUACAGGCACUACCUGACAGUUUAACUCAGGUGAUCCGAAAGUUUGCAAAACAACUGGACGAGUGGCUGAAAGUAGCCCUGCACGACCUGCCAGAAAACCUACGAAAUAUCAAAUUUGAAUUGUCCAGGAGAUUCUCACAAAUUCUUCGGCGACAGACAUCACUAAACCAUCUCUGCCAGGCAUCAAGAACGGUGAUCCACAGUGCAGACAUCACAUUCCAAAUGCUGGAGGACUGGAGGAAUGUGGAUCUGAAUAGCAUUACCAAACAAACCCUCUAUACUAUGGAGGACUCRAGGGAGGAACACAGGAAGCUCAUCAUACAAUUGUACCAGGAGUUUGAUCACCUUCUGGAGGAGCAGUCCCCCAUUGAGUCUUACAUCGAGUGGCUGGACUCCAUGGUGGACAGAUGUGUUGUGAAGGUAGCUGCCAAGAGACAAGGCUCUUUGAAGAAAGUAGCUCAACAGUUCCUCCUGAUGUGGUCCUGUUUUGGCACUCGAGUGAUUCGGGAUAUGACUUUGCACAGUGCACCCAGUUUUGGGUCUUUUCACCUUAUUCACUUGAUGUUUGAUGACUACGUAUUGUACCUGCUAGAAUCACUCCAUUGUCAGGAGAGAGCUAAUGAGCUAAUGAGGGCAAUGAAAGGAGAAGGAAGCACAGCAGAAAUACGAGAAGAAAUCAUCCUGAGUGAACCAGCUCCUCCAACUCCCUCCCCAGUGCCGUUCUCCCCAGCUAAAUCUGCCACCUCCGUGGAAGUGCCCUCUGCCCCCUCACCUGUCAGCAACCAGUCCCCAGAGUAUGGGGGCAUAGGAGCUACAACAGGGGCUAUGCAGUCCUACACGUGGUCACUYACCUACACCGUGACUACAGCUGCUGGGUCACCCGCGGAAAAUUCCCAACAGUUGCCCUGCAUGAGGAAUCCACACGUACCGUCGUCGUCUGUCACGCACCGGAUACCUGUUUACCCUCACAGAGAAGAACAUGGAUACACGGGAAGUUACAACUAUGGCAGCUACAGCAACCAGCAUCCCCACCCAAUGCAGAGUCAGUAUCCAUCUUUACCACAUGAUACUGCUAUUUCUGGACCACUUCACUACUCAGCUUACCACAGAAGCUCCUCACAGUAUCCUUUCAACAGCCCGACCUCACGGAUGGAGCCAUGUUUGAUGAGCAGUACCCCAAGGCUGCAUCCCACCCCAGUGACUCCUCGCUGGCCAGAAGUCCCGUCUGCAAAUUCCUGCUACACGAGCCCGUCCAUGCACUCCACGAGAUACGGAAAUUCUAGUGACAUGUACACACCGCUGGCUACGCGCCGCAAUUCCGAAUACGAGCACAUGCAACACUUUCCUGGCUUUGCCUACAUCAAUGGGGAAGCCACCACAGGUUGGGCGAAAUGAACGUGACUGGCAUCAGCUGAGCCCUUAUACUUUAAAGAGUUAUUAAAACUUUAUAUUACGUGGGACGUUUUGUGGACGUUCUUCAGUGGAGGUGAAGACAGAAAAGAUCCUGGGCAAAUAAACGUAGUUCAGAACGUGGGUGUACUGCAGACCAGUGUGACAUGUUCCUGUAACCGAGCAAGAGUUUUGUGCUAUUCUAGACCAUUAUUUAGGCCAAUCUGUGCCUUCUUUAAUCUGGCAUGUGGGCCAACCGUGUGUGAUGUCAACUCCAGUGAGCCAUUUCUCCCCCUUCCCUAAUUGACAAAUGUUAAUGGGUCUUGUAGGGAAAUACUGGAAAGGAAUUUAUUUAUAAUGUGAGUUAAAGACAGAAAGCUCACUCUCAGCAAAGCUCUGGCAUCUAUGCCUUUAAAGUGCUCAUGCAUUAAAAACCAUUCUGCCAAGUCAUCAGUUGUUUGUAUCUGUUUCUCUUUUUUGGCUCCUUAAAAGAUAUGUGUUAUUAUAGAUUUCAGUUUACACCUUGCCUUUGAAUAUCGAUGCACCUUUCUGUUGAUCCAAUAAACCUGAUCUUUACAAAAGAGAAAAAAAAAAGAAAAAAAAAAGAAAAAAAAGAAGAAGACAUGUAGCAUUGAAUUAUACACUGCCUUAAUUUGACUGUUGUUCUUAUUAUAUAUGUAUUUGUGUUAAGUUUGCACAAUCUGGAAAAAUUUCACUUCUCUGGUCAGUAAUGACAAAGUUAAGAAAGGAUUUGAGGACUGGGAAGAUUCUGUAUUCAGAGCCACAUAUGUUAAAUAUGAAGCAAUUAUGUAAGAAAUGACAAUGCAAACAUGAUUAUUCAUUUCACGACCUAUUGACAGGUAUGAAACUCUUCACUCAAUUGCUUCACGUGGUGAUAAUUCUACACACUUCUACAAAAGCAAAAUUCAAAGCUGUGCCUUUGAACUUAUUCUGUACUGUGUAUGUGUGGAAAAAAAUGUAUUGUAUUUUGGGGAGAAUUUUCGUAGACAUUUUCUGUCAGAUUUGUAGCUAUUUGUGAGUUUUUGUUAGAUUUUAUUAACAUA